AUGCGUUCUAUCAGCGCUGAAGACCAGAAGAUCAAUACCAUACGGGCUCUUGCUGACCUCUUCACCUGCCCCCUCACCAGCUUCCCCAUCAGCGUGGGACUAUUCUGUGAUGAGCCCAUUCAUGGUCCGAACGGCACGCUGUCCAGAUUAGAAGGUGAGAUCGAGGCGCUAGUACAGCUACAAACGCAGUACAAACUGAACACAAAUGCAGCCCUCCUCUACUCACCGGCAAUUCUCAUUCUCCUGCUGGCCUACGUCCUCGGAAUCUUCCUCACCUGGCAGGUUGGCGUCCUUAUCGGCGUACUGGGUCUGUUAAUCCAAUUCGUCUUCUUAGGUAGGUACUCCCAUCUGUCAUGGAAAGUAUUUAUGGACGACUUGCCGUUUUACCGUGGAUUACAGUAUCAUUAA